UCUGUCCAUCCGCGGCCGCCGUAGCGCACCCGGAAGUGCCUCCAUGGCGCCGCGAGGAGCGGGGGCCGGGCCGGGCCGGGGAUGGAGAAAUACGAGCGGAUCCGGGUGGUGGGAAGAGGGGCGUUCGGCAUCGUGCACCUCUGCUUGCGCAAGGCUGACCAGAAGCUGGUGAUCCUGAAGCAGAUCCCGGUGGAGCAGAUGAGCAAGGAUGAGCGGCUGGCGGCGCAGAACGAGUGCCAGGUCCUCAAGCUGCUCAACCACCCCAAUGUCAUUGAGUACUAUGAGAACUUCCUGGAGGACAAGGCCCUCAUGAUCGCCAUGGAGUAUGCACCUGGGGGCACGCUGGCCGAGUUCAUUCACAAGCGCUGUAACUCCUUGCUGGAUGAGGACACCAUCCUGCACUUCUUUGUGCAGAUCCUCCUGGCUCUUCACCACGUCCACACCAAGCAGAUCCUGCACCGCGACUUGAAGACUCAAAACAUUCUCUUGGACAAACACCGCAUGAUUGUCAAGAUCGGAGACUUUGGUAUCUCCAAAAUCUUGAGCAGCAAAAGUAAAGCCUACACGGUCGUGGGAACUCCGUGCUACAUCUCCCCAGAGCUCUGUGAAGGGAAGCCUUACAACCAGAAGAGCGAUAUCUGGGCUUUGGGCUGUGUGCUGUAUGAACUCGCCAGCCUCAAGAGGGCUUUUGAAGCUGCGAACCUUCCUGCUUUAGUAUUGAAGAUCAUGAGCGGGACGUUUGCCCCAAUAUCGGAUAGAUACAGCCCCGACCUACGCCAGCUCAUCCUUAGCAUGCUGAACCUGGACCCGUCCAAGCGGCCCCAGCUGAAUGAGAUCAUGGCUCAAGCCAUCUGCAUUCGGCCUCUUCUGAACCUCUACACCGACGUGGGCAGUGUCAAAAUGAGAAGGCCUGAAAAACCCUUGGCUCCGGUGCCGACAGUGACCCACAGCCGGACGGGGGGACGAGUGAGCAGCGCCAGGCCGAGGGGUGUUCGAGGUGGUUCAGCCAGGACAGGAAUUCCUCCUCCGCUGUCAUCCAUCUACACCUGGGGGAGUGGGAUCACCACGCCACUCCGCCUGCCCAUGCUUAACAUCGAAGUGGUGCAGGUGUCGGCUGGCAGGACGCAGAAGGCCGGGGUCACCAAAUCGGGGCGGCUUAUCAUGUGGGAGGCUCCUCCGAUGGGUGCUGCGGGAGGCCCUUCUCUCCCAGGAGCCACUGAGCAGCUCCAGCCUCAGUUUGUGUCCCGAUUCCUGGAGGGCCAGUCUGGUGUGACCAUCAAGAACGUGUCCUGCGGUGAUCUCUUCACGGCCUGCCUCACAGACAGAGGGAUAAUCAUGACUUUCGGCAGUGGCAGCAACGGCUGUUUGGGGCACGGAAACUUCACGGACGUAAGCCAGCCCAAGAUUGUGGAGGCCCUGCUGGGCUACGAGAUGGUGCAGGUGGCCUGUGGUGCAUCUCACGUCCUGGCGGUUUCCAACGAACGGGAAGUGUUUGCCUGGGGCAGGGGGGAUAAUGGUCGGCUUGGGCUGGGUACCCUCGAGUGCCACAACUCCCCCCAGCAGGUCACAAUCCCACCGGACCACGAGGCUCAGAGGGUCAUCUGCGGCAUCGAUUCCUCCAUGAUCCUCACAGUAAAGAACCAGAUUCUUGCUUGUGGGAGCAACAGGUGCAACAAGCUGGGCCUAGAUCGGAUCAGCUCAGCAGAGGAGCCUUCUGCAGAGGACCAGGUGGAAGAGGCCACCGUGUUCACGUCUGCCCAGUCGGCCCCCUUGAACCAAGAGCCGAUUGUGUGUGCUGACAUCGGCACGGCGCACUCGGCUGCAGUCACAGCUUCUGGCCAGUGUUACACCUUUGGGAGCAACCAGCACGGGCAACUGGGCACCAAUUCCUGCCGCAACAGCCGCGUGCCUCACCUGGUUGUGGGGCUCCAGGCGAUGAAGGUCACCGUGGUGGCUUGUGGGGAUGCCUUCACUGUGGCCAUCGGAGUAGAUGGAGAUGUGUGCACGUGGGGGAAAGGAGCCAGGGGACGCCUGGGCAGGAAGGACGAAGAAACAGGAACGCCAAGGCCGGUGCAGCUGGAGGAGGCGCAUCCAUACCUGGUGACCUCCGUAGCCUGCUGUCACGGGAACACGCUGCUGGCAGUGAAGCCUGCCGUGGAAGAGUCACCUUCCCAGUGAGCUCGAGCCGAGAGGGGCCGUAUCCAGCCUCGUUGUAGAGAUGCGGAGGCAGCUCCAGCUGCCCGGCGUGCCUGCCCUUGCCCGCUACAGCCUGGCUCGGACCUGCGUCCCCGGACUCCGAAGCUCCUCAGCUGCGCUCCAGAAAGAGGGAGCUCUUAACGAUGGUUCCCACGGAACCAGAGCUGGUCUCACGUAUCGAAUCAAAGGUCACUGUGAACCUCCAGUGCCUGAGAGCUGCUGCCCUCAACGUGCCACGGGGCAGGCGUCCCUGGAGCUCUAGCGCUGCGUCUAGGGGGUUGUUCCAUGGGGUUGAUGUCCCUGGAGCUCCAACGCUGUGUUCAAGGCUUCGUGCCAUGGGACAGCCAUCCCUGGAGCUUUGGUGCUGCCCUCAGGGGAUCGUGCCAGGGCUCUGCCUCUCCCUCCUGGAAGUGCCUGUGUAGAAGGGUGAGGAGCACAGAGGUUGUUUUCCCCGUGGAAACUCUCUGGUUACAAAGCGCAGGCUGACAGCUCGGUGUCUGAGAGAGCUGUCAGCCUUCGCGCAGCAGUGUCUGGAGUUAGGGCCCGAGGCACUACACUGGGUGACUAAGUGCAAACCUCUUUUCUAAUUAGAGAUGUCUGUCCUUUCCCAUCCCCCCCUUUAAAAGGUUUUACCCAUUUGUUGAGCUGCUCAUCAUGCUUUUGAGCGUCUUGGCCUGCACGGCUGCCCGAACCCGGUGUGAGCAGCCUCUGUGCACCACAACCUGGUUCACUCUCCAGAAAUGCUGCCUGGAGCUUUCUAAUUACAGCCUCCCCCUGGCCCCAGGAGCUCACCGGAGGAUCCUCCAGCUGACUUUUGCCCUCAGGCCCCUAAAUCCGGCUGCUGACCAGCUGAGCUAGUGGAAGGCAGCAAAACACAGCAAGCAAUUGUCAGUAAUUGAAGUUUUUUAACCCAGAUCUCCCCAGAGGGAUGAUGAGCUUUCACCAGGGAGCCUUUCUGCAAGGCAGGAGGGGGCAUAUCACCAUGUCACGGGCAGCAGUUA